GCAGAGUCACACAGCUAGUGAGUGCCUGAGAGGGGUUCAAACACAUAUCGUACUGACCUUAGUUCUGAACUUGAUCCACUAUACCAACCUGCCUCAGGCUUUCAUGGAGAACUGUUAUUGGAUAUGGAUCCAUUUGGUCAGAUGUAGUAUUAAAGAAUGAAGAAAGAAAAAAUUCCUAAUUAGUGCUACAGACAUUACAAGUAAUUUCCACCUCAGCAAAUUUGCUAUUGAGCUGGUGGAGGACGACUGUUUCUUCUCAUACACCCAAAUUGGAAGGAUUAUGCUGGGCUACCUUCAGCUAACCAGGAUCACCUUCCCUUGUUGACUAGUAGUCAUAAAUUAUACAAUGGGUCUACGGAUUCACUUUGUUGUUGACCCACAUGGUUGGUGCUGCAUGGGUUUGAUUGUCUUUGUCUGGUUAUACAAUAUUGUCAUAAUUCCCAAAAUUGUCCUCUUUCCUCACUAUGAAGAAGGACAUAUCCCAGGCAUAUUAAUAAUAUUCUUCUAUGGUAUUGCCAUGUUUUGUUUGGUGGCCUUAGUGAGAGCCUCAAUAACUGAUCCAGGAAGACUCCCUGAAAAUCCAAAGAUUCCACAUGGAGAAAGGGAAUUUUGGGAAUUAUGUAAUAAAUGUAAUUUGAUGAGACCAAAGCGUUCCCAUCACUGCAGCCGAUGUGGUCACUGUGUUAGGAGAAUGGAUCAUCAUUGUCCGUGGAUUAAUAAUUGUGUUGGUGAAGAUAAUCAUUGGCUUUUUCUGCAACUAUGUUUCUACACAGAGCUUCUUACUUGCUACGCAUUGAUGUUUUCUUUCUGCCACUAUUACUACUUUCUGCCAUUAAAAAAGCGUAACUUGGAUCUCUUUGUAGUUAGACAUGAAUUGGCCAUAAUGAGACUAGCUGCUUUCAUGGGAAUAACUAUGUUAGUUGGAAUAACUGGACUCUUUUAUACACAACUCAUUGGCAUCAUCACUGAUACAACAUCUAUUGAAAAGAUGUCAAAUUGUUGUGAAGAAAUAUCGAGGCCCCGAAAGCCAUGGCAGCAGACCUUCUCAGAAGUUUUUGGCACUCGUUGGAAGAUCCUGUGGUUCAUUCCUUUCAGGCAGAGGCAACCACUGAGAGUUCCCUACCAUUUUGCCAAUCACGUCUAAACAGAUGGAUGGUGGGCACAGAUGGGUCCUCCAUGCUGGAAAUGCGUUACAGGUUUUAUGAUAAUAGAACUAUGACAGUCUUCAAGUCAAUUAAAAUCCACCCACCAAUCUUAGGCAUCAUAAUGUGCCCCAGGCUUUAUUUUAAUAGUGAUCUUGAUCCUGUUGUGGGACUGAUACAAGAUCUAUAUUUAAGUUUUAAAGCGUGUUUACUUUCACAUUAGCUUUCCACAGGGAUUUCUUUAAACUCAUUUGUUGUUAAACUCAAAAGGUAAUGAUUGAGAUGAAAUUGUACACAGUUUUUUUUUUAGUAUAAGCUAUUAGUAACUUUAUUUUGUGCAAAAUCACAGAUGUUUACUUAAAUUCUGUAUUUUCAAACCGUAUGACCAGAUCUGAACUUCUUCAGGGUUUUCUUUUUAAACAGACCUUCUAUGCAGAUUUUCUUUUCUGAUGUAAUUGUAAAUCGUUAAUGCCUCCUUUUUCUUUAUACUGCAUGAUAUUAACCAUACAGCAAAGCCCUGAAAACAGGCAGUGUAUUUUAUAAGAAGCAAAUUUCUUCCUAAUGGUCUCCUCCAUAUUUUUCCUACUUCCUUCCCCAAAAAAAAGUCUUUUAAAGGAAAGACUUAAGAUUCUCAUCUUUUAAGCAGAGCAUUUCAAGAAAAGAAAAAAAAUAACCUACACAUUUUUACUACUGAGAUUAUCACUCUUAUGUUGAUAAAAGAUGUUUAGGGCAAAGACCCAAAGGAAAUAUGUGACUAAUACGUAUAUUUUCCUGUUUUCCACUGAGAUUUGUUUUCUUUAUUUGUUUCUAAUAAUUUAUAAUAAUUUCAUUUCUACCUUUUCUCACAUUAGGAUUCAUACAUUUGAAAAGUCCAUUUGAUUUUAAUAUAUAAUAUAUAGUAUAUAGAGGAAUAUAUGUGUGUAAAAAUAGACUCCAACUUUUAUCUUCUGAUAGAACUAGAAUUGCUUUUUGAGUGUUUAUAUUUAAGAAUAUUGACCAGUGGAAUAUUUUAAGGUAUUCUUUUAUACACUUACUGUUGUUACAGAUAAGUAACCAAUUUCUGGUGUCAGUAAAUGAAAUUGAAAUUUAGUUUUUAUUGGCCGACUGAAUUAGGGCUUAAAUAUUAUUUUGUUGUUAUUGGGGUCCCUUUUUAUUGGCAAUGGCUACUGUUAUGAGAUGGCCUUAAAUCGUUAGGGAAAUUUAAUUGUUUGCAAAUUUAUAUUAGCCUUUUUGAUUUUACCAAACUAAAAUGGGAUCAUAAUGAUGGUAUUUUUGGAAGAUAGAGAAUACGUGGGUAAAUGGGCAGCAUGUUUUGAGGAGUUCAUCUAUUUUAUUAUAGCAUUCAGAACUUUUAAAAAAUCACAUUUUACUUACAGAGUAAAUUGGAGGUUUUUGGCAUUUUCCACCUGUUUACCUUCUAAUAUGUUAGUUUUUUGCUUUCUCUUAUCUUACUGUUCAGGUAAUCACAUCUGGGAAAUAAUGAAACAGAAAUUUGGCAUAGCCUGGAAAUUUUAUUAUAGACAUUGUUUUGAGAUAUUGUAUAUAACCUUUAAAAAUAUUCUGUAGUAAUAGAGUAAGAGCCCAAGAAAUAUUGGCAUCAUGUUUUCAUGGUCUGAAUAUAGUGUUUUAAAAAAACUUAAAUAUUUAAUAGCAGCAAGUGAACGUAUUUAUUGGUGCUGACAGGGUACAUAGUUUAAUAUAAAAAAUAACCUUGUUGCUCCUGGCCAAGUGCUAAGAUAUCACUUACAAGAACUAUUUAAAUACAAAAUUCUUGUGAAACCAGGCACAUAAUCAGGAUUCUCUACAUCUUAUAUGCUAAACAAAUUUUACCUGAUUGAUAAUUGGACACUUGGAGAUGUGAAGCCAGUUCUAGGCAAUACAUAAAUGUCAGUAAAACAGAUCUUUGUAAGCCAGGACCAUAAGGAAGCAAUAGGUCCUCUUGGAGAGCUCACAAAUAUAGGAAGUAGGUUAUGUUUGUACCUUGUACACUGAAGGGAGCCACCCAGGAAGAUGCCUAGGAGAGAGCUACCAUUCCUACUUCUAUAUUAAAGUGAAGAAGCCAAAGCAUCACUGCCUUCUCAAAGGACAAGGGCUUGGGCUGGUUGGGUUUGGGACUCAGAGUAGAGAAGAUAAGCAUUGCAUUAUGUUCUAGAAUAGAAUUCAAAGCGCGAAAUGGAAGACCUCUCACUCUUUCCUCCUUCUUCCCUGUUCUUCUGUCUAUAUAACUACACUACCCUGGCCUUACACUAUCUCUGCCAGACCCAUGGAACACAAAUCCAAGGACCAGGCAAGGGAUUAUAUUAUUUAUUUCAGUGACAGAUACAUUGCAUAUCAAUAUAUGUAUAUUUUACAUAUAUACACAUAAAGAAUACAUGCAAAUGCUAUAGUUUUCAGCAUUCCCAAAUUAUCCAAUUAGCACACAUUUAUCCUGUGAUUCUUGAUAUUCAUCUAUUAGAGAAAAUAACUUGAACGGUCUCCAAGGUAGAGCACAAACUCUGAUGUUCUCUAUGCGCCCUCUCUUGGCUAACUGUUGAAAUUAAAUUUAUUGACAAGAGAUUUAUUGUUUUGCUUUGGUUGUGACAACUAAGAAACCAAAUCUUUUCAGUGAUGGAAAAUUAAAUUUUAACAAAAGUACAUAAGGAAAACAUAAAGUCUUUAAAAAAUGAAUGUGUGUAUGUAUAUGUCAGUUUCCAGUUCAUAAGUUAUUAUGUCUCAUUUAAAUAUAUUUUAUAUUAUUAUUUAGUAAAUUUUCAUUAUAAAUUUUCAGUUAAUAUUACAUGGGCACAAUCAUGAUUUUUCUUUUUGAGCUACAUGGAUAAUCUAUUCAUUAAUUUUGUUUGAUAAAUCUAUUUGAGUUAAAGAUGAAUACUGACGCUGCAGUUAAAUUGUUAAGUAUAGGCAUUCAAUGCUUUAAAAAUAUUUAAAGAAUUUUUUUAAAUCUCUUUUUAAAAGGCUACAUAUGUCUAAUAAGAGUUUAUUUUGUUUUUCAGUUUUGUCUUUUCAUUGAGCAUCUCAGUCCAUUUAAUACCUUUAUCUUUAGUAUUCAAUUAAUUUAUUGUGAGCUUUAUAUAAAUAUUGAAACAAUAAAUAUGUUGAGAACUGAAAAGAAUUACUGACAGUGGAAAAGAUAUGAUGCCAUUAGUAUUGUGGCUGAUAGACUCUGCAUGUUGCAUAAAAGUAAUUCUUUAGAAAUACCUCAUUUUUUAUUAAAUAGAAUGUGUCAAAGGAGGUACUAGCCACAGAAAAGUCAUUGGGGUUGUGGAAAAUAAAGUCUUUACCUUUUUCCAGUGUUCUAAAAAUUGGAAACCACGCCUCCUGAGGAACAAAACUUAUCUUUGUUUUUUACUUGCAAACAGAUUUACUUAUGUAAGAUAUAGUGCUUAGCUUAGCAUUUACAUAUUUAUAUGGAACUUCACUGAAGUAUUCAUGGUAUGUUAUGUCUCAAGUUUAGUUUAAAAAUACUUAGAAACCAGCAUUCUGUUAUGAGAAAUCUGUUAUUUUGCCUAAGAAUUACGCAGGAAAAAAUUUAUUUUGGUAGACAUAAAGAAUUUAAAAUUUCAAUUAAAUCUUUAAUCGUUAUUUUUCUGCAGAAAGCUUCGUUUACUUUAAAAA